AUGUCGGAGAUCGCCAAAGCUCCGGCAAUCCAACUCCCCGACGGCACUGUCCAACAGAGCGCCCACCCACGCCCUGCUCCACCUGCGGCCUAUCGCAGUGGCCAUGUGAACCUUGAUACUUUCUCGCCCGUCAACGAAAAUGGGAGCUUCGAGUUUGAUCGAGUGCUGAAGACGGGGCGAGUGAACCGCCGGGUCAAGCACAAGCAUGCCUUUAGAGCUUCCUGGAAACCCGCCUAUCUCGUCCUCCGACCGAACCUCCUGUCUGUAUACAAAGACGAAGAAGCAACUCGGCUCCGGGCCUCCAUCACCCUAUCCGAGGUGACGGCGGUCGCACCCGUUCGGUCUCCCCGCUCCAACCGACAGCACGUCUUCGGUGUCUUUUCCCCCUCAAAGAACUAUCGAUUCCAGGUCGCGUCCGACAAGGAGGCCGACGUUUGGAUCCAGCGCAUCCGCGCCGAAAUACGUACGGACGAAGAAGAUGAGGCUUUCCUGGCGCUGUCGCAGCAAGGAAACGCCGUGGCGGUGAAUCGGCCGCGAGUCGACGACACGACCGAUCAUUCUGACUUUGAUAUGAUGGGCAGAGCAAGCUCCCCUGAACUGGGACGGGCGCUUUCGUCGAGUUAUCGAUCCAAGCGCCUUGACAACCACCUCGAUUAUCCCGGAAACGAUAUCACGUCGUACUCCGAGUGGUCCGACGGACCUACGAGCAAUUCUAGCAUCAACCCCAGACCGCGAACUCCGGUUCAGACUCUGUCCGUCUCUGCUCCUGCCGGACAGUCGCCCUUGUCGCCCGACACCGGCCGACACAGCGAGUCGGGGAUUCUGCGCGACCCCGAGAGGGUCAUUUGCAAUGGCUACCUUCAGUGCCUUCGCAUCAAGGGCACCAUGCGGCAAUGGAAACGGCUCUGGGUUGUUCUCCGUCCGAAAAGUCUUGGCUUCUACAAGGAUGAGCAAGAAUAUUCCGCCGUGAAGAUCUUACCGAUGGCUCAGGUGAUUGACGCCGCCGAGAUCGAUCCCCUGUCCCGCUCCAAACAAAACUGCCUCCAGAUCAUCGCGGAAGAGAAGUCUUUCCGUCUAUGCACCCCCGACGAGGAAUCGCUCGCCAAGUGGCUCGGCUGUCUCAAGAGCAUCCUUGUGGCUCGUAAGAAGCGAGACCCCGUGCCAGCUGCGGGUGCUAUCGCUGUCCCUGCGUAA